CGAGAACCACACUGGUGUUAAGCAGAGUUAGAGUAAGUCGUGGGUUAAAAAAUUGGGCUAUGAUGGGUCUAGGAACUGGCCUUAGAGGUGCCAUUCAUAUUACGGAUAUGGAUACUAUUGAGAAGAGCAAUUUAAACCGACAGUUCUUGUUUCGACCUGGAGAUGUCGGUAGAUUAAAAUCUGAAUGUGCAGCGGCAGCUAUUGCUAAAAUGAACCCUCAAAUAGC